AUGGCCAAGAAUGUGAUCUUGACACUAUUGGCAAUGCUUUACCCAGUUAUUUGCGUAGCCACUUCUCUCAAUAGCUCUACUGAUAAAUAUGCUCUUCUAGCUUUCAAAUCUCGAAUAAAUUAUGAUCCAAAUGAAAUCUUGGUUCAUAAUUGGUCACAAGGAACUCCUUUUUGUAAUUGGAUUGGUAUUACUUGUGAUAGAGUGCACCAAAGAGUGAUUGGCUUAAAUCUUGCAAAUAUGAGUCUUGGAGGUACUAUUGCUAAAGAAAUUGGGAAACUCUCUUUUCUAAAUUCCUUGGUCAUUAGUAAUAACAAUUUCCAUGGCUUUAUACCUUAUGAAAUGGGUAAUUUAAGCCGACUCCGCCAAAUAGAGAUGCAAUGCAAUGAGCUAAAUGGUUCUAUUCCAAUGAGUUUGGGAUUUCUUAAAAAUCUUCGGAAGUUAAAUUUGUCCGACAACUCUUUCACUGGACAUAUUCCAAACACGAUUUUCAACCUUUCUUCAUUGGUAGAAGUCGAUUUUGUUAAUAACAGUCUCUCUGGAACACUUCCCAUGGAUACUGGCAUCAAUCUUCCAAACCUAGAAAGACUACGAAUUUCGUCGAAUGUGAUAGGUGGCCAUAUUCCACAAAGUCUGGGAUCGUGCGGGAAACUUAAGCUACUUUCUCUGUCAAUUAAUAAGUUCAUUGGAAGAAUUCCAAAGGAGAUUGCGAACUUAUCUGAGCUUCAAAUUCUACACCUUGGAGCAAAUUUUCUAACAGGAAGUAUUCCAGAUGAAAUGGGAAACUUAUCAGUUCUUUACCAUUUAGAUUUGCGUUCGAACAACUUGACAGAAUCUAUCUUCAAUCUCUCCAAGUUACAACUACUUGCACUAGUAGAUAAUAAUAUCUCGGGUACUCUUCCAUCAUCAGUAGCAUAUGGUCUCCCUGAUCUUGAGAAUCUCCAUCUUGCUAUUAAUAGAUUAAGUGGAGAUAUCCCUCAUUACAUUUCAAAUUUGUCUAAACUUGCUACACUGGAACUUGGUUACAACUCCUUCAGUGGAUCAGUACCCAUGAAUCUUGGGAAUUUGCAAAACCUCCGAUAUCUAAGCAUAGCAUAUAACGAGUUGACAAAUGAUCCUUCAAUGCAGGAAUUAGAUUUUCUUAUUUCGUUGAAUAAUUGUAAGAAGUUGAAGACCAUACAGAUGGAAUACAAUUAUUUUGACGGAAUGCUAAUUCCUAAAGCAGUGGGUAAUAUGUCGAAGUCUCUUCAGAUAUUCUGUGCUAAUUCUUGCGGCAUCAAAGGCCUGAUUCCUAGUGAAAUUGGCAAUCUCAGCAACUUGUUCUGGUUGGAAAUGGGAGGCAAUGAGUUGACAGGUAAAAUUCCUGACAUGUUGAGUCAAUUGAAGAAGGUACAAAGGUUGGGUCUUAAUGACAAUAAACUAGGAGGGUCAAUACCUGUCGACCUUUGCAAUUUGGUAAAUAUGUAUCACCUCGAUUUAGGAAAUAAUAAGCUCUCUCAACAUCUACCAACUUGUUUAGGUGAUCUUACUUCUUUACGAGAAUUGAAUUUAUCUUACAACUCAUUGUCUUCCACUAUCCCAUCCACACUGUGGACUAACCGGGAAAUUCAAAUAAUGGAUUUGUCAUAUAAUUUGUUCUUUGGCACUCUGGCUUUAGAAAUUGGCAGUGUGAAGGGGAUGAGAGAGUUAUAUUUAUCGGGAAAUCAGUUCUCAGGCAAGAUUCCAAGCACUCUUGAGAAACUUCAGAGUUUGGUAAUUUUAAAAUUAUCAAACAAUCAAUUUUGCAGUCCUAUACCUGAGUCAUUUGCAAAUUUGAUAGCGAUACAAAUUUUGGACCUGUCCAAGUACAAUCUCUAUGGUGUAAUUCCUAAGUCAAUGGAGAAACUUAAGUAUCUUGUUUAUUUCAAUGUUUCCUUCAAUGAACUCAGUGGUGAAAUUCCAAAUGGAGUGGUGCAUUCCACAAGUUAUUGGAGAGACUUAAGUACCUUGAGUAUUUCAAUGUUUCAUUCAAUGAACUCAAAGGUCAUGCCAUGCAAAGGUAACACAUCAAAAUCGUCAAGCAAGACCAGAUUUUUGAAAUACAUUUUACCACCAAGUGCCUUGGCAGUAAGUCUAGUAAUUGUAAUGGUGUGGUGGUUGAGUCACCAUAAUAGAAACGCAACUUUUCUAGAUCAGACUAGUUUCCCCAUUACCAUCAAGAGAAUUUCAUAUUUUGAGGUUCUUCGUUCUACUAAUAACUUCGAUGAAGAGAAUCUUAUUAGUAGGGGAAGUAUCGGUUCAGUAUACAAGGGAAUAUUUUCUGAUGGAAUGAUUGCUGCUAUUAAGGUUUUCAAUUUAGAUAUGGAAGGCACAAACAAGAGCUUUGAUACUGAGUGCAACUUAUUGAGCAAAAUUCGUCACAGAAAUCUUGUCAAAGUAAUUAGCAGUUGCUCCAAUCUUGAUCUUAAAGCCUUGGUGUUGGAAUAUAUGCCUAAAGGAAACCUUAACAGUUGGUUGUACUCUUAUGACUAUAGCCUAAACAUGGCUCAAAGAUUGGAAAUAAUGAUAAAUGUGGCAUCUGGAUUGGAAUAUCUUCAUCAUUGGUAUCCCUCCCCAAUUGUACAUUGUGAUUUGAAGCCCAGCAACAUACUUCUAGAUGAAGAUAUGGUAGCCCAUGUAGGUGACUUUGGCAUUUCCAAGCUCUUUCCACAAGACCAGAGAAUUUCACAGACAAAUACUUUGGGUACCAUUGGCUAUAUGGCACCAGAGUAUGGAUCGAUGGGAAUAAUAUCGACUAUGGCAGAUGUUUAUAGCUAUGGGAUUGUGUUGAUGGAAACCUUUACAAAGAAGAAGCCCACAGAUGAUAUAUACGUCGGAGAGUUGACCAUGAGGAGGUGGGUGUCUGAAUUAUACCAGAACGCGAUAAUGCAGAUAAUGGAUGUGGAUUUAGUGGAUGGAGUUGAAGAGAAUAUGAAAGCUAAAGAGAUCUGCUUCAAAUCAAUCAUGAGACUAGCAUUGGAAUGCACAACUAAUUUGCCCGAGGAGCGGCUCAACAUUGGAAGUGUUUUAAUAAGGCUAAAGAAGAUCAAAGUUGAAUUUCUUUCUAGCAUUAUUUGUUAG